GCUAAGUUACUGUCUAACAAGUGUGCAUCACAUCAUGGGACAAAUGUUAUUCCAGAAAUAUCAUAGGUUAAUCUGAUGCACGAUCCCUUACAUAGAAUCGCAACAUAACGCUUUGCUUUGGGAUUCUGGCUAUGUCUUUUCAAUGCUUACUGGUAUAUCGCUGCAACUGUUUGUCUGGGAAGCGGGUAACUGAGUAAGAAGGUGUUAGCAGCAUAUAUAGACCUGGGGCCAGCUCUAAAAUAAUUGCCACUUGUUUAUGCUAGAGGUGAAUUUGGCUUGGGAUUUUAGUAACUGCUGAUAGCGCUGUAGACAGUAAUUACAGAUGUAUAAAUAAGUGAUCACGUUUUGUUUAUUCGCGUGCAGUAAAUAACCCUGUGAGAAUAGUAAAUAUAACUCCACACCAGCGAAGCAGCGUGAAGAGUUCAAAUGCGGGAAGAUGACUCUGUAGACACAUACAAACGCAGUGCGGUUCCAUAAACAAUAGAACAGAAAGGCCAAAAAUACCAUACAAAAAUCAUACGCUGCGCAACCUAGAGACCCGACCUUGCAACACACUGAACUCCCAUUGAAGAACUCAAGACAUCAUGCAGGAUCCAUCCCCAGAUUCUGAGCGUUCCCAUCUCUCCUCGUUCACUAUGAAGUUGAAGGGCAAGUUUCAUUCACCAAAAAUAAAGAGAACCCCUUCAAAGAAAGGAAAGCAAGGUGACCUGACAGUGAAAACACCAGAGAAGUCAGCGAACAAAAAUGUGUCAUGGCUAGAGGAGAAGGAGAAGGAGGUCGUCAGCGCAUUGCGCUACUUUAAGACUAUUGUGGACAAAAUGGCAAUUGAUAAGAAAGUAUUGGAGAUGCUGCCAGGCUCAGCAAGUAAAGUGCUGGAAGCCAUCCUGCCCUUGGUGCAAACCGAUCCACGCAUCCAGCAAAGUUCUGCCAUCUCGUCCUGCUAUAGCCGUGUGUACCAGAGUCUGGCCAAUCUAAUUCGCUGGUCUGAUCAAGUGAUGCUGGAAGGUGUGAAUUCAGAAGACAAGGAGAUGGUGACAACAGUGAAGGGUGUCAUAAAAGCUGUUCUGGAUGGAGUCAAGGAGCUGGUCAGACUCACGAUUGAAAAGCAGGAGCAUCCCUCUCCCACAAGCCCAGUUAAACCCAGUUUACCAGCAUGUAAAUCUGACAGCCCAUCAGAACUUCCCCUUACAGACCGAGAAAUGGAGAUCCUCAACAAAACAACUAAUUUGACUCAAUCCAACGAGCUACUGACCGACUCCAUGGAUGAAGAAGUUGCACCUCCUAAACCCCCUCUGCCUAGCAUUCGUGUGGCAGAAAACAGCCCUCCACCAGCAUUGCCCCCUAAAAAACGGCAGUCGGCACCUUCCCCAACCAGAGUGGCAGUUGUGGCCCCCAUGAGUCGAGCCACCAGUGGGUCCAGUUUACCUGUUGGAAUCAACAGACAGGAUUUUGAUGUUGACUGCUAUGCCCAGAGAAGGUUGUCGGGUGGAAGCCACUCCUACGGGGGGGAAUCUCCUCGCCUCUCACCGUGCAGUAGCAUCGGCAAACUCAGCAAAUCUGACGAGCAGCUCUCUUCCCUGGAUCGGGACAGUGGUCAGUGCUCCCGCAACACAAGCUGUGAAACAUUAGAUCAAUCGGAUCACUAUGAUCCAGACUAUGAAUUCCUGCAGCAGGACCUCUCCAACGCUGAUCAGAUACCUCAGCAGGUGCCAGGUAUCCUCAGCCCAUUGCCAGAGUCCUUGGGUGAGUCUGGCUCCCCUUUCCAUGGACAUGCUUUCCAGCUCCCACAGGGCAGCUCUCCUCCACUGGAAUUCUGCAGCCUCUCGGGAGCAGCACAGCCAACAGAGACUCCUCCAGCUUUACCAGAAAAGAAGAGGAGGAGCGCAGCCUCUCAGACUUCAGAUAACUCAGGCUGCAGGGUGUCCUAUGAGAGGCACCCUUCCCAAUACGAUAACAUCUCGGAGGAUGACAUGCAGAAUGCAGCGUCUGUCCCAUCAGUACCCUUCACGCCGUUUGCUGCUGUUUUGCCUUUCCAGCAAGGAAACUCUUCAGCACCGGUUGAAUUCAUUUCUGACUUUGCUGCUCCAGAUUCUAACAGUGACCCAGAGAAGCCACCACCUCUACCAGAGAAGAAAAACAAACACAUGAUGGCAUAUAUGCAGUUUGUGGAAGACUACUCAGAGCCACAGCCAUCCAUGUUCUACCAGACCCCUCAGAACGAGCACAUCUACCAGCAGAAGAACAAGCACCUCAUGGAAGUCUAUGGGUUCAAUGACUCCUUUAUCAGCUUAGACCCCUCUCAAGAUCUGGCACCUCCUCCUGCUCUCCCACCGAAACAGCGGCAGCUGCAGGCCUCCUAUGCUGCCUCUUCUUUCUCUUCUGUCUCCUACUGUGUCCAGCAAACUAAAGUGCCCUUCACCCCCGAGGACAUCGGUGCCACUCAGGGCCUCACUAUGUCAGUCUCUAACUCCUUUCUCAACCGGCACAGCUCCUUUCCUGUGCAUUCGUACAAAUCUGUGUUUAGGUCCUACUCCCAGGACUUUGUGCCUCACAACCAAGUCUCCAUACCUCCUUUCCUCUCUUCUACCUCCUCCUCCUGCUCCACCCCACCUUUUCUGCCCGUCCAUCCAUCCCAGAGCUCUGACCUAGCGGUGCCUGCCGCAGCCAGCCAGUCACCCAGCACUGUGGAUGUGCCAAACUCCUCUUCUCAGGAGAGCAGCUUUAACGGGAAUGCUCCUGUCUGCCUUCCUUCUGAAACUUCUUUCACUGAUUCUCUCCAGACGCCUUCGAGUGAAAACGCCAGUGAGGAGGCUGGUGAGGGUGAAUACGUCAAUCUGUAUUCCUCUGGCCAGAGCAACGGGGAACUCCCUCGCUCUGAAGGAGAAUCUCCCUCCGUCAAAGACGGCCACUCCAAAGACUCCACUUCGAACAGCAGUGCCAUGGGGAAGGAAGGCAAAGAUGGUGCUGAAAGGCAGCAGCAGUCACCAGAUGCUUUGGAAUCGUCACAGUUGGAGGAAGAGGUAGAUGAGCUAUCCCUUAUCGACCACAGUGAAAUUAUGGCUAGGUUAACGCUGAAGCAAGAGGGAGAUGAUGGGCCAGAUGUUCGUGGUGGAUCGGGAGACAUUUUGUUAGUGCAUGCAACAGAGACCGACAGGAAAGAUCUGGUGCUGUACUGUGAAGCCUUUCUGACUACAUACAGGACAUUUAUUACCCCUGAAGAGCUCAUCAAGAAGCUGCAGUACAGAUAUGAAAAGUUUUGCCACUUCCCUGACACGUUUAAGAAGCGAGUCAGUAAGAACACCUUCUUCGUGCUGGUGAGAGUGGUGGAUGAGCUGUGCUUAGUGGAGUUGACAGAGGAAAUUCUGAAGCUGCUGAUGGACCUGGUCUUCCGACUGGUCUGCAAUGGGGAGCUGAGCCUCGCCAGAGUGUUACGCAAGAAUAUCCUUGAUAAAGUGGAUCAGAAGAAAAUGCUGAGCUACGCCAAUUCCAUCAAACCUCUUGCAGCCCGUGGGGUGGCAGCCAGGCCAGGGACGCUGCAUGAUUUCCACAGUCAUGAAAUAGCCGAGCAACUGACCCUCCUAGAUGCCGAACUCUUCUAUAAAAUUGAGAUCCCAGAAGUUUUGCUUUGGGCAAAGGAGCAAAAUGAAGAGAAGAGCCCCAACCUGACACAGUUCACAGAGCACUUUAAUAACAUGUCCUACUGGGUCCGUUCAAUAAUUAUGCUACAAGAGAAAGCCCAAGACCGAGAGAGGCUGCUCCUUAAAUUUAUAAAGAUUAUGAAGCACUUACGAAAGCUGAAUAAUUUUAAUUCCUAUCUGGCCAUUCUUUCUGCACUGGAUUCUGCACCCAUCCGAAGGCUGGAGUGGCAGAAACAAACCUCAGAGGGCCUGGCUGAGUACUGCACACUGAUUGACAGCUCCUCGUCCUUCCGCGCCUACCGAGCAGCUCUGGCUGAUGUGGAGCCUCCCUGCAUACCUUACCUAGGCCUGAUUCUGCAGGACCUGACCUUUGUUCAUCUGGGAAACCCUGAUUACAUUGACAGCAAAGUGAACUUUUCCAAGCGCUGGCAGCAGUUUAACAUCCUGGACAGCAUGAGGUGCUUCCAACAAGUACAUUACGACAUCAAAAGAAACGACGACAUAGUGUCAUUCUUCAAUGAUUUCAGCGACCACCUGGCUGAGGAGGCCUUGUGGGAACUGUCCCUCAAAAUCAAACCUCGGAACAUUACGAGGCGGAAAACAGACCGAGAAGAGAAAACCUAGGAGGAGGGGUUGUGCGAGCGAGAAUUGCUCCGCAGACGCACCGAGGGCAGCUAUGAGACUGGAGUUCAAUGUUUGUACCUGUUACUGGAUGACGCACCCUCCCUCCCAGCUGGCUGCGAUCCCUGGGUGUGUGAAUGUCGGGCUCUCGCAGCAGGCGAGAAGCGACCGCGCGCGUCCGCCGCGAAGGGCAGAGAUCAGCCGGUGCUCGCUGCGCUCGCCCUCCUUCUCCUCCCGUCCCUCCGUGCCAUAGAAUCAGCUUUAAACCCGGGGAGAGAGCUUUGUGGAAGGAGGGUCCCAUGCAAGCGUGUUACUGGUUUGCUGGCCGAUUGCAUCCGGGAAUGCCGGGGCUUUUGUUUUCAUCCACGAAGGAGAGUCAGCAAGAGCUCAGCACCCACAAACUUGUCUCCGGAGUGGUGUUCAGCAGGCAGCAGCCGUGGAAGCCAAGGGUUUCGGUCUCCCCUGCAAUGCCACCUCGAAACGUGUUCAUCCCUAGGAGAUGAGGGUGAAAGAGUCUCCCGCUGCCUGCCGGAGGAGCUCUGCUUUCAGAGAGCUGCUUGUGUUUACAGGGGUCUUCGGUUUACCCCAGAUCUCUCGCGCCUUCUUCAUGGGAGGAAGGCACCGGUCGUAGAUACGGAAGAGGCACUGAAAAUGUGGGCAGGGACCCGCCAUCUCCAGUCAUCGUAUCCCCCCUCCUCCUCUCAGAUCUCGUUAUUUAAGCAACGGUAAUCCCUCCAAACCCUGGAAACAUUUGACUACCCGAGGUACUGCGGUUCGCUUGUCCUGUGAACCCGUAUCUUUUAGUGAUGGUACUAGCUUUUGCACAGUAAAUGCUGUAGUAUACGAGACUGUAAAUAUUAGCGUUUAGAAUCCA